AAGAAGUAAGAAUCGGCUUGUACAUUCAAGAAUCCCACCAAGAUAAAUCUUAAUUAUUGUUCCAAAAAAAAAAAGAGAUAAAUCUUAAUUAAGAGAUGAGAAAUCACCAUUUCCUCCUCAUAUCUUUCCCUGCUCUUGGCCACAUAAACCCUUCCCUUCAACUCGCCGAUCGCCUCAUAAAUCUCGGCGUCCACGUCACCUUCGCCACCACCGCUGCGGCCAUCCGUCGCAUCAACCAAACCCAACCACCACCACCAACUCUUUCCCUCGCCACCAUUUCUGACGGCUCCGACCACCAAACCACCUUCCAACUCGACGCCGACGACCCCACCCACUACUUCUCCAACCUCAGUCGCCACGGCUCCCAAUCCCUAUCCCACCUCAUCACUGCCAUGUCAGACCAAGACCGUCCAAUCACUUUCGUUAUCUACAGUCAGCUACUCACUUGGGCGGCUGAUGUGGCCGCCACGUUGGACAUCCCAUCUGCCCUUUUCUUCGUCCAACCCGCAACACUUUUGACUCUCUACCACCAUUACUUCCAUGGCCAUGCUGACAAAUUACUACUCCUCCAACACAACCCUUCCUCUUGCGUCAAAUUACCAGGUCUGCCCCUGCUCUCUCCCAACGACAUCCCUUCUUUCUUCUACCCUUCUAGCCCCUACGCUUUCGUUCUCCCUCUAUUGAAAAACCAACUUGAAUUCCUUCACAAACAGCGCCACCCAAAAGUACUACUCAACACGUUCGAAGAAUUAGAAGAGGAAGCCUUGGGGGUCGUCAAUGAGUUCAAAAUGGUGGCGGUUGGACCGUUGGUUCCAUCGACAACAUCUGAUUCAUUUGUUGAUACUAAGGAUUGUUGUUGUUGCAUCGAGUGGCUGAACUCCAAGGCUGAAUCCUCGGUCGUUUAUGUGUCGUUUGGGUCCAUGUGCGUGUUGUCCGAUGAACAAGAGGCUGAAAUUAUGGAUGCUUUGGUGGGGAGUGGCUAUAAUUUUUUGUGGGUGAAGAGAUGCGGAGAGAAUAAUAACGAGGAGGAGGAGGUGAGGGAAUUGUUGGGAGGGAGAGGGAAAAUUGUGAGGUGGUGCAAUCAAGUUCAGGUCUUGAAUCAUUCUUCGUUAGGUUGUUUUGUGACGCACUGUGGUUGGAAUUCGACUUUAGAAAACUUGGUUUAUGGGGUGCCCGUGGUUGCUUUUCCGCAGCAGAUAGAUCAAACCACGAAUGCGAAGCUUGUGGAGGAUGUAUGGAGGACGGGGGUGAGGGUGAAGCCGAAUACAGAAGGGAUUGUGGGGAGGGAAGAAAUUAGGCGUUGUUUGGAUAUUGUGAUGGGGGAUAGGGAGGUAAAAAAGAGAGGAGAGAUAGAGGGAAAUGUCAAGAAGUUGAAAGAAUUGGCGAUAGGAGCUAUCGGUGAAGGUGGGUCUUCCUAUUUGAAUCUUCAAACUUUUGUGAAGGAGAUUGAUGAAGGUAGGUUUUAAUUAUGUUUAUGGAAAGACUUUCUCUUUAGCUUGUAGCAUUUAAUAAAUUUUUAAAAUCAAAUAGAAUAUAAAUUUUACCUGA